CUAUAUAAAGGGCUGCUGAGCACAGUCUGGCUGCUACCUGCUUUGGUGACAGCGAAAACCCACAGCGGCAACCAUGAGGUGGAGCUGUGUGUGGUUGUGUGUCCUUACUUUGUCUGUUGUUGUCACUGAUGUACAAGCCAGGUUUGUUCGCAACCACGUCAGCAGCAUCUGCAGCACAUGGGGCAGAGAGCACUUCAAGACGUUCGAUGGUGACGUGUACCAGUUCCCCGCAAUGUGUGAAUACAAUCUGGCCUCGGACUGCCACGAGUCCUACCAGGAGUUCUCUGUGCACAUGAGGCGGAGAGAGCAAGAUGGAAACCCUACAGUCAGUUAUGUGGUGGUCACUAUCAACGACCUCUCAUUCAUCCUCAGCAAGAGUCUGGUCACUGUGAAUGACCUGCCUAUCAAAAUGCCAUACUACAACGCAGGGGUACAAGUGGAAAGAAAUGCUGUUUACAUCAAACUCCACUCCAAAGUCGGCAUAACAGUCAUGUGGAACGGUGACGAUGCAGUCAUGGUGGAACUGGAUCGUGAAUAUGCCAAUCGAACUUGUGGACUUUGUGGAGACUUCAAUGGUGUUUCAGUCUUGAAUGAGUUCAUUCAUGAUGGUCGCAAAAUCAGCCCAAUUGAGUUUGGCAACAAACAAAAAGUCCAUCGGCCAGACGAAGAUUGUGAGGAUCCCUAUGAAGAGGACUACGAAUCACUGGACGCUGGGAAUGUGCCGGAUUCAUGCAUGGAGUUUCAAACCACCUGCGACCAAAUGUUCCGUUCAAAGUCCUGGAACUCCUGUGCCAAACUGAUUGACCCUGAACCUUACAUCCAGGCCUGUGUGCUGGACCUAUGCGGCUGCACCAACAAUACAAGCGACUUCUGUGUCUGCAGCACACUGUCAGAGUUCUCUCGUCAGUGUUCCCAUGCAGGCGGGCAGCCUCCCAACUGGAGGAAACCUCAGUUCUGUGCUAAACAGUGCCCGUUCAACAUGGUUUAUGAAGAGAGUGGUUCCCCAUGCAUGGAUACCUGCACACAUCGUGACACAAGUUCACUGUGUGAGGAUCACAAAAUGGAUGGCUGCUUCUGUCCUCAUGGAACCGUGUUAGAUGAUAUCUCCAAGAGAGGGUGCAUUGUUCAAUCUGAAUGUCAGUGCAAACAUGUCAAAGUCUAUAACUCUGGUGAUGUUUACCGACAGGACCGAGCUGAAUGUACAUGUUUGGAGGGUAGAUGGGCUUGUAAGAGCCUCAAUACGCCUGCUACGUGUUCAAUUGAAGAGGGUUCACAUGUAACGACCUUUGAUGGGAAAAGCUUCACCUUCCAUGGAGAUUGUUAUUACACCCUCGCCAAGGUGGAAAGCAAGGAUGCUGCCAGUCCAAAGUUCACCCUCCUGGUCCAGCUGGCGCCAUGUGCAAACCAAGAGUUUGACACUUGUCUUAAAACCCUUAAGAUCCUACUGAACAAUGACAGAAACAAUGUAUUAACAUUCACUUCAGAUGGCAAAGUACAGCAGAACACCCAGACCAUCAGUUUGCCAUACCAGGCACAAGGCAACAUCCACAUAUUCCAUGCGUCAUCCUUUCACAUCUUGCUCCAGACCAGUUUUGGGCUGCAAAUUCAAGUCCAACAUGUGCCUGUCAUGCAAGUAUACGUCAGCCUGGAGCAGAGCUACAGAGCAAAGACACGUGGUUUAUGUGGGAACUACAACAUGGUCCUGUCUGAUGAUAUGAAGACACCUCAGGGGAUAGUGGAGGGAACAGCAGUCCCUUUUAGUAACUCCUGGAAGGCAAACCUCAUGUGUCGAGACAGAGCGGAAAGACUUGAUGACCCCUGUUCCCUCAGUGUGGAGAAUGAGAGGUACGCCAAACACUGGUGCACCUUGUUGCUGAGCUCAAAUAAUACCUUCGCACAGUGUCGUUCAGUGGUGGAUCCUGAGAUGUACUACAAGAGAUGCAUUUAUGCAAGCUGUAACUGUGAGAAGAGUGAAGCCUGCCUGUGUGCCGUCUUCUCCUCUUAUGCACGGGCUUGUGCGUCAAAGGGAGUGUUCUUGACAAACUGGAGAGAUAAUGUGUGCGAGAAAUACACAAGGAGCUGUCCAGCUUCUCAGACCUUCUCUUACAAACACCAGCGGUGCCAGUUGACCUGCAGAUCUCUGGGUUCAAAGCAGCAGAGCUGCACCUCUGACUUCCUGCCCAUGGAUGGCUGCUCCUGCUCUGAGGGUCUGUACCUAAAUGAAAAAGGCAUCUGCGUCUCCAUGGCAAAGUGUCCCUGCUACCAUAACGACAUGUACAUUAAGCCAGGAAAGUCCAUCAACAUCAAGGAUGAGCAUUGUGUUUGUACUAAUGGAAUACUCCAUUGUCAUUCUUGGAGAGUCCGCACAUCAACGUGCCCUUCUCCAAAAGAAUUCUUCAACUGCUCUGCUCAGGCCACAGGAGAGCUUGGAAAUCAGUGUGCUCGGACUUGUUUAAAUCUGGACAACGAUGAUUGUGACCUCACAGAUUGCGAAUCUGGCUGUCGGUGUCCCAAGGGCCUCAUCGAAGAUGGCAAAGAUUCUUGUGUGAAAGAAAAUGAAUGUCCAUGUCAGCAUAAUGGCCGUCUAUACGCCCCAGGAGCACAAAUUACUAACCAGUGUAACAACUGUACCUGCAAAGGUGGAACUUGGGAGUGCACAGAGAUAAAAUGUCAAGGAACUUGCAUUAUUUAUGGGAGCGGUCACUACAGUACAUUUGAUCAGCAGACAUAUGAAUUUCAAGGAGAUUGUGCCUACAUUGCUGUCAAGAACAACUGUGGCAAUAAAACAGUAGAGAACAACUUUGGAGUUACCACAGAAAAUGUGAAAUGUGGAUCCACAGGCACCACAUGCUCCAAAUCUGUCAGGAUCCAACUUGGGCGAAUCGAAGUCAAACUUGCAAAGGGUAAAUAUGAAGUGGAGGACCUAGGACAUGGCCCUGAGAUUUUGUACCAAAUAAGAACGGUUGGCUUGUAUCUGGUGGUAGAAUCUGCCAUUGGUCUGGCAGUGAUUUGGGAUCGCAAAACAACUGUUCGCAUCAUGCUGGAACCACAGCAUAGCGGAGAUGUAUGUGGCCUGUGUGGAGAUUUUGAUGGUGACGGCCAGAAUGAUUUCACCACCCAGGGUCAGCUGGUAGUGAGCAAUCCUAUAGAAUUUUCAAACAGCUGGAAAGUGUCCAGCAGCUGUCCAGAUGUGGAAUCAAACGUUGACCCUUGUAAAGUAUCACCCAGUCGACAUCACUGGGCAAAAAUGAUGUGUAGCAUUAUUACUGGAGAAAAGUUCAAAGACUGCCACAAUAAGGUAGACUCCCUUCCAUUUUAUGACAACUGUGUGAGAGACGCAUGUGCCUGUGACACUGGAGGAGACUGUGAGUGUUUGUGCACAGCUGUUGCAGCCUAUGCUCAAGCUUGUAAUGAGGCUGAUGUCUGUGUUGCGUGGAGGACUCCAGAUAUCUGUCCUGUCUUUUGUGAUUAUUACAACAGUCCAGGUGAAUGCAAGUGGCAUUACAACCCUUGUCACACACCCUGCUACAAGACCUGUUUGAAUCCAGAGGGAAUUUGUUAUAACCCUUUACCAAAUCUGGAAGGCUGUUACCCUGUAUGCCCGGAAGAUAAGCCCAUAUUUGAUGAGGAAAACCAAAUAUGUGUGGAGGAAUGUAAAGGUUGCUUUUACAAUGGGACAAAAUAUGAAGAAAAUGACAUUAUUUACAAUGUGACUGACAACUACGGAAUGUGCUACUAUGCAAUCUGCAAAAACACAACAGUGAUAUUUGGAAAUUAUACCUGCUCUCCCACAACUCCUACCACAACCCUGCCAACCGAACCUCCUACUACAACUGCAGGGCCGACCACGACCACGAAAUCUACAACUCUGCCAACCGAACCUCCUACCACAACUGCAGGGCCAAACAUGACCACAAAACUGCCAACCGAACCUCCUACUACAACUGCAGGGCCAACUAUGACUACACAAUCUACAACCCUGCCAACCAAACCUCCUACUACAACUGCAGGGCCAACCACAACUACAAAAUCUACAACCAAACCUCCUACUACAACUGAAGAGCAAUCAACCACGAAAUCUACAACACCACAAACAACGUUGACCUCUGCCAGUACUACAUGUAAUCCAAUGUGUGAGUGGUCAGAAUGGUAUGAUGUGCAUGAUGCAACAGUGGAUAAUAGCGACUGGGAAACAUAUAAGAAUAUCACAGACAGUGGUCUUACAAUAUGCAAAACACCCAAAGAAAUUGAAUGCAGAGCAACACUAUAUCCUGAAAUAGACUUUGAUCAAUUUGUAGAGGAAACUGGCCAAGUUGUCACUUGUAAUGUGGGAAUUGGUUUGAUAUGUAGAAAAGAGGACCAGCGGAGGAGAAAGUGCUUAAACUAUGAGAUCAGAGUAUGUUGUGAGGUUGACUCAUGUCCAACUACAUCACAUUCAACUCCAUCAACUACACCUCGUACUACAAAAGGGACAACGACAACAACUACAACAAAACCAACAGAACCUCCUACUACCACGUCAGGGCCAACCACAACCACACCAACCAAACCUCCUACAACAACCAAAGAGCCAAACACUCAAUCGACAACCCUGCCAACCGAACCUCCUACUACAACUGCAGGGCCGACCACGACCACGAAAUCUACAACUCUGCCAACCGAACCUCCUACCACCACUGCAGGGCCGACCACGACCACAAAAUCUACAACCCUGCCAACCGAACCUCCUACCACAACUGCAGGGCCUACCACGAUCACAAAAUCUACAACCCUGCCAACCAAACCUCCUACUACAACUGGAGGGCCGACCACGACCACAAAAUCGACAACCCUGCCAACCCAACCUCCUACCACCACUGCAGGGACAACCACAACCGAAAAAUCGACAACCCUGCCGACCGAACCUCCUACCACAACUGCAGGGCCGACUACAACGGAAAAAACUACAACCCUGCCAACCGAACCUCCUACCACAACUGCAGGGCCGACCACGACCACAAAAUCGACAACCCUGCCGACCGAACCUCCUACCACAACUGCAGGGCCGACCACAACAGAAAAAACUACAACCCUGCCAACCGAACCUCCUACCACCACUGCAGGGCCGACCACAACAGAAAAAUCCACAACCACGCCAAGUAAACCUCCUACUAAAACUGCAGGGCCGACCACGACCACAAAAUCUACAACCCUGCCAACCGAACCUCCUACCACAACUGCAGGGCCUACCACGAUCACAAAAUCUACAACCCUGCCAACCAAACCUCCGACUACAACUGCAGGGCCAACCAUAACAGAAAAAUCCACAACCACGCCAACUAAGCCUCCUACUACAACGGCAGGGCCGACCACGACCACAAAAUCUACAACCCUGCCAACCGAACCUCCUACGACAACUGCAGGGCCUACCACGAUCACAAAAUCUACAACCCUGCCAACCAAACCUCCGACUACAACUGCAGGGCCAACCACAACAGAAAAAUCCACAACCACGCCAAGUAAACCUCCUACUGCAACUGCAGGGCCGACCACAACCACAAAAUCUACAACCCUGUCGACCGAACCUCCUACCACCACUGCAGGGCCGACCACGACCACAAAAUCAACCACCCUGCCGACCGAACCUCCUACUACAACUGCAGGGCCGACCACGACGACAAAAUCUACAACCCUGCCAACCGAACCUCCUACCACCACUGCAGGGACAACCACAACCGAAAAAUCCACAACCACGCCAAGUAAACCUCCUACUACAACUGCAGGGCCGACCACGACCCCAAAAUCGACAACCCUGCCAACCGAACCUCCGACUACAACUGCAGGGCCAACCACAACAGAAAAAUCCACAACCACGCCAAGUAAACCUCCUACUACAACUGCAGGGCCGACCACGACCACAAAAUCUACAACCCUGCCAACCGAACCUCCUACCACCACUGCAGGGCCGACCACGACCACAAAAUCUACAACCCGGCAAACCGAACCUCCUACUACCACUGCAGGGCCGACCACAACCACAAAAUCUACAACCCCGCCAACCAAACCUCCGACUACAACUGCAGGGCCAACCACAACAGAAAAAUCCACAACCACGCCAAGUAAACCUCCUACUACAACUGCAGGGCCGACCACGACCACAAAAUCUACAACCCUGCCGACCAAACCUUCUACAACCCUGCCAACCGAACCUCCUACCACAACUGCAGGGCCGACCACGACCACAAAAUCUACAACCCUGCCAACCAAACGUCCGACUACAACUGCAGGGCCAACCACAACAGAAAAAUCCACCACCACGCCAACUAAGCCUCCUACUACAAUGGCAGGGCCGACCACGACCACAAAAUCGACAACCCUGCCAACCGAACCUCCUACGACAACUGCAGGGCCUACCACGAUCACAAAAUCUACAACCCUGCCAACCAAACCUCCGACUACAACUCCAGGGCCAACCACAACAGAAAAAUCCACAACCACGCCAAGUAAACCUCCUACUACAACUGCAGGGCCGACCACAACCACAAAAUCUACAACCCUGCCGACCGAACCUCCUACCACCACUGCAGGGCCGCCUCCUACCACAACUGCAGGGCCGACCACAACAGAAAAAACUACAACCCUGCCAACCGAACCUCCUACCACCACUGCAGGGCCGACCACAACAGAAAAAUCCACAACCACGCCAAGUAAACCUCCCACUACAACGGCAGGGCCGACCACGACCACAAAAUCUACAACCCUGCCAACCGAACCUCCUACGACAACUGCAGGGCCUACCACGAUCACAAAAUCUACAACCCUGCCAACCAAACCUCCGACUACAACUGCAGGGCCAACCACAACAGAAAAAUCCACAACCACGCCAAGUAAACCUCCUACUACAACUGCAGGGCCGACCAGGCCGACCACGACCACAAAAUCGACAACCCUGCCGACGGAACCUCCUACCACCACUGCAGGGCCAACCACGACCACAAAAUCGACAACCCUGCCGACCGAACCUCCUACCACAACUGCAGGGCCGACCACAACAGAAAAAUCUACAACCCUGCCGACUGAACCUCCUACCACAGCUGCGGGGCCAACCACGACCACAAAAUCUACAACCCUGCCAACCAAACCUCAUACCACCACUGCAGGGCCGACCACAACUGAAAAAUCCACAACCACGCCAAGUAAACCUCCUUCUACAACUGCAGGGCCGACCACAACCACAAAAUCUACAACCACACCAAGUAUACCUACUACUACAACUGCAGGGCCGACCACGACCACAAAAUCGACAACCCUGCCGACCGAACCUCCUACCACAACUGCAGGGCCGACCACAACAGAAAAAUCUACAACCCUGCCGACCGAACCUCCUACCACCACUGCAAGGACAACCACAACCGAAAAAUCCACAACCACACCAAGUAAACCUACUACUACAACUGCAGGGCCGACCACGACCACAAAAUCUACAACCCUGCCAACCGAACCUCCUACUACAACUGCAGGGCCGACCACGAUCACAAAAUCUACAACCUUGCCAACCCAACCUCCUACUACAACUGCAGGGCCUACCACGAUCACAAAAUCUACAACCCUGCCAACCAAACCUCCAACUACAACUGCAGAGCCAACCACAACAGAAAAAUCCACAACCACACCAAGUAAACCUCCUACUACAACUGCAGGGCCGACCACGACCACAAAAUCUACAACCCUGCUGACCGAACCGCCUACCACAACUGCAGGGCCGACCACGACCACAAAAUCGACAACCCUGCCGACCGAACCUCCUACCACCACUGCAGGGCCGACCACAACCACAAAAUCUACAACUCUGCAAACCAAACCUCCUACUACCACUGCAGGGCCAACCACAACCACAAAACCUACAACCAAACCUCCUACUACAAGUACAGGGCCGACCACAACCCCACUCACCAAAUCUCCGACUACAACUGAGGGGCCAACUACUGUUUCCACAACACCUUUUGAAUCAGCAGUCACUAGUCCUACAAUCCUAACCUCAACAUUACAUCCCUCAACGGCCCCAUUGGUCCCUGAACAUACUACACCAACAACAUUAACCACAUUAAGUUCCACUACUGAAUGCUUUUGCAUCUUUAAUGGCAACCAUUAUAAACCAGGGGAGGUAAUAUUUGACAUGAAACACCUUGGAUCAGGUGUAUGUCUCACAAUGAUAUGUUCUGACAUUUGUGAGAUUCAAAACAAGACCGAAAUUUGCACCACGCCUAUGCCUACUCCUACCCCUACACCUACACCCUAUAGACCUACCUGCCCUGAAUGGGAUGUCGCACAAAAUGAGACCUUCUUUCUGUGCAACUGCACCAUGGCCAAAUGUAUUGAAAACAACACAAUUGAAAUCGUCCCAUAUGAAUGUCCACCCCUUGAGAUCAUCACUUGUACCAAUGGAAAGAAACCAGUUCUUGUUUACGAUGAGUACCACUGCUGCCAACAUUAUGUUUGUGACUGUGUAUGUGAAGGCUGGGGAGAUCCUCAUUACAUCACAUUUGAUGGAUUAUUCUACAGUUACCAAGGAAACUGUACUUAUGUUUUGAUGGAGGAGAUUUUACCAAAACAUAACCUGAAGAUUUAUAUUGACAAUGUCUUUUGUGACCCAACUGAAGAUGUUUCUUGUCCGCGAUCGUUAAUUAUAACAUAUAAUUCACAAGCUGUCGCACUCAUAAACCAUAACCUCAUAGGAAAAGCGCAGUUGGAGGCUCUGAAAAAUGGAAAACGUCUAAAACUACCAUAUUCACAAGAUGGUGUUAAGAUCAUAGAUUCUGGUAUUAAUUUGGUUUUGGAGAUCCCUCGUUUCAACGUGGUCAUUAUGUUUGGAAUAACCGGCUUCACCGUUACACUUCCAUAUCAAUACUUUGGCAAAAAUACACAGGGCCAUUGUGGUACAUGCACCAACAACACAUCUGAUGACUGCAUGUUGCCUGGCGGCCAGCUGAUUGAAAGUUGUGCCGUAAUGGCUGACUAUUGGCCUGCAAAAGACAUUUACCAACCCAGCUGUGAGAAACCAGCUCUACUACCCACCGAAAAACCGGAAAUUAUAAACCCUGAACCAUGCAAUCCAGAUAGCAUAUGCAACAUGCUUAAAAGCAGUGUCUUUGCAGAAUGCCAUCCCUAUGUCUCCCCUGACAAUUUCUACCGAGGUUGUGUUUUUGAUAGCUGUCAUGUUUCCAAUCCAGCAGUAGAUUGCACAAGUUUGCAAACCUAUGCUUCUGCCUGUGCCCAGGCAGGCAUUUGCCUUCAGUGGAGGAACCACACCACACUGUGUAAGAGUGAUUGCCCAUCAAACAAAGUUUACAAACCUUGUGGUCCUGUACAACAGCCAACUUGUGAAGACAAUUCUAAUGAAGAAAUUAUGAACAUCACUACUGAGGGCUGCUUUUGUCCAGAUGGAAUGAAGCGCUUCAACAAGGAAUCUGGCGUAUGUGUUGAAAAGUGUGGGUGUCUUGAUCCUGAGGGCAUUCCUCGUGAGGUUAAUGAGAAGUUUGACUACAGAUGCCAAAACUGCAUCUGUGAAGAGUCCACCAGGACUGUGAAUUGCGAGCCCAAGGUGUGUCCAGAACCACCUAAAGCAAACUGCACUGGUCCAGGGUUUGUCCUUGUCAGCCAAACAAAUCCCUCAGACAGUUGUUGUCUUGCCUACACUUGCCAAUGUCAAAGCAGCAAUUGCCCAGUUAAAAACUUCAACUGUCUAGUUGGAUAUAUGCCAUUUGUCUUUGUCCCUGAGGGAGAAUGCUGUCUGGAACAUAAAUGUGACCCUAAAAAAGUUUGUGUCCACAAUCAGACUGAAUACCACCUUGGCUCUCCAAUGCCUGCAAAGCCAGGAUCAUGUGAAAAAUGCGCCUGUAGCAAUGUGAUGGAACCCCGUUCUGGUCUAUUCCUAAAAAAGUGUGAGGUUCAGCAAUGUCAAGAAAAAUGUGACGUGGGAUAUGAAUAUGUGGAAUUGGCUUCAGAUGAAUGUUGUGGAAAGUGUGUUCAGACACACUGUGCCCUCAGUGUCAAUGGAACCGAGCAACUGUUGGAGCAAGGAGAAACCUGGUCACCACCUGAGGACAAGUGUGAGCAUUUCACCUGUGUUAAGAGGGGUGAGAUUUUAACAGCCAUCAGCUCACAUAUUCUGUGCCCGCCUUUUGAGCAGAGCAACUGCCAACCUGAGACAAUCCAGACUGCGGCCAAUGGCUGUUGUAAAAUAUGUGUCGAGAGGGAGAAAGCCUGCAAGUUAAUAUCCAUGAAAACCCUUGUUAGUUACAAGGGCUGUCAGUCUUACAAUCUGAUCGACAUACCAUACUGUGAAGGAUCCUGCAACACUGUCGCCAGGUACUCUGAAGCAGCAGCUUCUAUGCAGCACAAAUGCUCCUGCUGUAAGGAGAUGCGCUACACCAUUCGCAGUAUUGACUUGCACUGCCUGAAUGGAGACGUGGUUCCCUACAACUACAUACAUGUGGAGGAGUGUGCCUGUGACAAUACGGACUGCACCAAAGCUGCUGGGAAAUCUCCUCGCAGGAGGCGAAGCUUCACACUAGUGUAAUAAAAAAAAUGUUUUGGGGUGGGAUGUAAAAAGUUACUCCCAUAUUGUUCUAACAAUCAUCAAACAUCUUACAAAGUUAUUGUCCCUGUCGUAAGACUAUUCAUCAAUUGAUUGAAUAAAAAAAAUGCAGCUUCA